AUUCCCUCCAGCGAUUCGCAAACGAAGACCGCCGGUAAAAACACGAGCUGUAGGCGGUGUUGUCGGAGUUUUACUGCCUUUAUAUUUUCCCACAUCGGAUUGUGUUCUCUAGUGGUGGCCUACUCGAUCAUGGGAGGCUUCCUGUUUAAUUAUCUGGAGUCUUUUGACGAGCUGAGGGAGAGGGUGGGUGUGACGAGGACGAGGAAUGAAUGCGUGGGCAAGUUAUGGAAUAUGACGAAAGAGCUAAACAUCCUGUACGAGAGAAACUGGACAGCAAUGGCGGACGAGAUCCUGCGAGAUUUCCAGAACAGUUUGUACUUCGCCGUCAAGGAGAAGGGUUGGGACGGUAGGGACGAGAGCAACGAGGAAAUGCAGUGGUCAUUCUCAGGGUCACUGCUCUACAGCGUGACGGUCAUCACCACCAUAGGUUACGGCCACAUCGCGCCCAAGACGGAGAUGGGCCGCUUGGUGACGAUGCUCUACGCUCUGAUCGGCAUCCCUCUCACGCUCCUAUGUAUCUCCAACAUCGGGAGCUUCUUCGCCAACUGUUUCCGGUUUCUCUACAAAAACAUCUGCGUCUGCCUGGAGCGGCUGUGCUGUAGCACGCGCCAACGUAAGGCGAGGUACAGCGGUUCCACCAGCACCAUGACAACCACUGCCAGCCUCAAGUCUGUGGCGUCGAGAAAAUCAAAGUCCAUCAAAGACAUCAACGCGGAGUACGAGGAAUCCAGACAGGCGCUGAGGAAAGACAACCAGGAUAUAAGCGUCGUGGAGAAAGGUCUUCAGACGGCCCCACGGAGCGGCCGGGAAUCCGGGAAAGGUUGCAAACAUACCGGCGACGACGGGGAGGUGAAUUUGUUGGUGGUGGAUGACAAUUCAGGGCGGAAGUCGUCUAAUAAAGAGAAAGUUCGAGUUCCGAUGUCCGUCAGUCUUCUGAUUAUAUUCUUGUACAUUUUCGGUGGAGCUGUUUUGUUUUCCUGUUGGGAACAAGAUUGGAGCUAUCUGAUUGGUUCAUAUUUCUGUUUUAUAACUCUCAGUACGAUUGGCUUCGGGGAUUAUGUGUUCGGUGUAGGGAAUGACCUUGACAACAGCCAGAAGAUGAUCACGUGCGCGCUGUACCUGGUAUUAGGAUUAUCGAUAAUCGCCAUGUGUUUUGAGCUGAUGCAGGAGGAGGUGAGGGCAAAAUGCCGGUGGCUAGGGGCCAAGCUAGGGAUUAUCGAAUCUUCCAAAAAAACGAGGAAAAAGAAACCGGUCCAGCCACCCACUGACACGAAGGGAGACGAAGCGCUGAAGAGAGUCCCGUCCAGGGGCCCAAAAGCCAUCUCCUUCUGUAAGGUUUUGAUCUACGUGCUGCUGCUUGUAUUCCUGGCGGGGUACGCAACGAUUGGCGCCUACCUGUUCAGGUACCUGGAGCAGGAGGUUGUGGUACUGGUUGACAAGAACGCCACGUAUGAGCAGUACAAGGAAGAACUGGUUUUAAAGGUAGGGUUAAGGUAUGAGCAGUACAAGGAAGAACUGGUUUUAAAGAUCUUGACCGAGAUUGACGAGAACUUCACGCUUCUGGUGGACAAUGAGGUGGCCCAGAGAAAGAUCCGGGCUGUCGUCCGGAGAAUGUCAGUUGACGUCAUCACCGUUGCUGAGUUUAAGGACGAUGUUUUUGAGUGGACCUUCCCAUCGGCCUGCUUGUACUCCGUCACGCUCAUUACCACAAUAGGUUACGGUAACAUCACCCCCAAGACUGCAGAAGGUCGGGUCAUAUCCAUCAUCUUCGCCAUCGUCGGCAUACCCCUGACCCUCCUCUACCUGACCAACAUGGGCUCUCUGCUCGCCAUCUACUUCAAAUACGUCUACAGACGGUGGAUCAGCCUGCUGGUCUGGUGCAAGAUCAUGAAGAGAAAAAGAGACACGGACAUCGUCCCGUCGUCCAUCUCGUUCAUGGUCAUCGUCUCCUACCUGUUGCUAGGGGCGCUGCUCUUCAGCACUUCCGGUAGUGGUUGGACCUUUAUGGAAGCGAUGUACUUCUGUUUCAUAACCUUGAGCACUAUUGGGCUGGGGGACUAUGUCUUCGGAGCGGAUAUUGAUGACCUGGCCUCCAUAAAGCCGCUGGUGUCCGUCAUGUACUUGAUCCUGGGGUUGUCGAUGCUGUCCAUGACCUUUAACCUCAUGCAAGCGGAUAUCUCCUACAAGGUCAAUGCCCUGAUGGUGAGGUUUGGGUUCGUGGCCUCUAUGAAACGGGCGCAAAUGUUAAUUGCUGAUUAAUUUGUUCUUGUUUUUUUGGACAGGUGCUUGAUAAUUUAUAAAGUAACUAAGGGUCGGUAAACAAAACAUGUAAUUUGAACUUUUUUUAAAAAAUAAUUCAAAACUACAUUGAACGAAUUAGAUCCAAAAUACUAAUACGAUCGCAAUCUAGUUUUUAAUGAUACAUGAUCAACUACAUCCGGAGUAUCGUAGGGUGGGUAGUGUGCGAUGCCCCUUGUUAUAAAUGUUAACCGGAUCAUAAUGUCAAAUUAUUUUUUUCUGUAUUGUGUAACAAUCAAAAUUGUUUACAGGGGAAAUUUGAAGUUUAUGUAUAGCAUCAUGUAAUUUUUGUUUAUAUUCGGUAUCACUGUUGGCACAUCAGUACUUACUCAUUAUA